AUGUCGCAGUCUCCUGGCUACCAAACGGCGAUGGCACCAAGACCCAUGCAAAAUCAAGCUCCUCAGAGUCCCGCCGCCCAAACUGGCGCUCCGAAUGCUCAAAACGCUCAAGCCCAAAAUUCUCAGCAACAAAACCCACAGCAGCAGCAGCAACAAGGACAAUCCAGGAGCUCCAGCAUCACGAGUAUUCAGCUAUGCCAGAUGGCGACCGAAUUGAUUUCCGAAAUUGUCUCUCGAACAACUGAACUGUGCACCUUUUUUCGAACUGUCCAAGUUCCGACUGGUUCAAAAAUGGCCAAGCACGUGUCGAUUGAUCGAAGAAAACGAAUGGUGGAAGGAAAUAAAGCGAUUCAAAACCAUUUUGUAACACUUAAUGUUAUCCACCACAGAUUGCAAGAGCAACUCCAAGAUGACGAAGAAAUUCCUUUUGAUUUGAAGUCGCUUAUUCCUUACGUGGAGAACGCGGAAGUAGUGGAAAAGAACGAAACGCAAGAAAUCCUCGAUCUCAAAGCCCAGCGCGAUCAGCUCCUGAUCAUCAACGACCAGAAAAAUCAACAAAUGCUGGAGACCAUGAAAAUCAUGCGCUUGAUCCUGCAAGAUAUCAACAUGGAUAUCAAACCCGACGUUAUCCGCCCCGACGGAAGAUGA